CCAACCUGAACAUUUGUGCAGUUCAGAGUAGAGAGCACGCCACCCCAUUGAUCAUGCACCUGGCUUUCUUCUCACUCAUCCUGAUAGCCGUACGUAUGUCUGUACCGGUGGACUGCUCACCGAGGCCCCGGGGCCCCGAGCAGCUCAUACAGCGUCAGCAGAGCAACUUCCCCAGAGAAACACAGGAUGAUACAGCUGGACGCUUCUUCCUGGGGAUGAGUGGAUCAAUAAGAAAACAUAUUCACAGAAACUUUCUGGUUAUUUUGCCAGUGCGGACAGAUACAAGCAACUUUGUGUCAAUAUUUGAUUUGAGAAGAAAGCGGUUCCUGUGUAUGGACUCAAAGGGGGAGCUGUACAACUCUAGGCAAAAGGACAGAGAAGAUUGUCUCUUCCAGCGCAUUUGGUUAAAUCUGUCCAACCAACGUGACGUGUUCUACUCCACAAGUGGGGGCCGGCUGCUCAGACUGGAGGCAGCUGAGCUGAGAGGCACUCACCAGGAGCACCCCGGACCCUCCCCCGGCCUGGUGGAGCAGCUCCUGGGUCCCCUGGUGAAGAGACACAGGCGGAGCGAGGGGGUGAACCCCUCUGAUCCGCUAAGAUCUCAGCCCUCACACUCUGCCACGGAUCACCAGGAUGUGGAUCAGGGGCAGCCGGACCAGGACCAGGCUGGUGCUGUCUCCAAGGAGACCAUCACUUCCUGUGACGACCCCCUGAGGGUCCUACAGCCCAACGGGCCCGUCAGUCCUGUCAAGACUAAUAUUGCAGAUCGAGCAGAACAAGAAUAAGAUACUGACCUUGUGUUCAGUGUGUGAAAAGUUAAGAGGGGCUGCAGGUCUUUAUGUUCUAAACUUACGUUGUGCUUGACUGCAGGGGGUUACUUCUUAUCCUGCAGGGUCAGUCAGAGACAAACAAAAGGGAUUUCAAUAUUUCACAACUUCUAAAAAUAGAGAUAAGAUCCUUGAAUCUGAAUUUUCAGGACUUGUUUCAAUGGUACUAUAAGGCUUUGUAAUGCGCUCCUGUUACAUAACAGCAGCUGUACCGAUGUGCUGUUUGAACAGCAACGUUCAACAUGACCAUGCAGAGUUUGGUCCCACGUCCCGCUGACCUCUUCCCUCAGUUAAAGUUUAAACCUUGGGUCAGAUGUGGUAAUGUUUGUUCUGCAUAUAUAAAAAAUGUGUAAUCUGUAGGUAAUUCUGCAUUUUUUUCAGAAAUAGAGCAGGUCAAACUGGAGACGUGAAUAAUCUGCCACACACUCAUGAAUACAAUGCAAUUACGUCAGGUGCCGGACACCAAUAGUCACAGUGAUGAAAGGUAUUUAUUUAUUAAAAUGACUUCAUGUUUAGCCUACUGUUUUAUUAUUUAUAUAUUUCAAGUUGUAUUGUUUUGUUCUGAUGUGGAAAGAAUAAAUGUUAACAUUUCUGUG